AACAAAAAAAAAAGGUUGAUACUUGAUAUAUAAGGAAGGUAAAUUAGAGUCUGAAGAGGUUUUAUAAGGACGAAGGAGUAUCGUAUCCCACAAAGUUGAGUACUCGACUCGUCGUCCAUCAAGCCAUCACCAUACACCACCAGAGGGAGCCAAUACUGCAAUCUGCAAAAAAAAAAAAACUUCCAUAUUUCUUCCACGCACUUUCUGGAGCCACAUUAAUAGCUUCGUAAAUUUGUUAAUCUCUUUUUCACUCAUCUUCAACCACAAAUUUUCGCUAAAUUGCAAUCUGAUACACCUCUUCUCACUCUUAAAAUUUUGGUUUUUGAGUGUUUUUUUUCUUCUGGCGGAAAAAUCUUAUUAAUUAAUCUCUUGAUUCUGGAAUUUGUUAUCUUUAUAUUACAAUUUACACCUCUUGGAUUCGGGAAUUUCUAGGGCUUUUGCUCUCAGAUUAUUGCUGCGAUAAUUUUUCUGAUUUCUGUAAAAAUCUAGGGUUUAAGACAUGGAAGGUGAAGAUCAAAUUGGGGAACGCACAUUCAGGGUUAAUUUCGGCGAACAGGGUGCGGAAAAACUGGCAGAACGAUUGGUGGAUACGUUGAAAGAUUACAUGGGUGAUUUUGUUGAUGAUACUCUCGUGAAAUAUGUCAUAGUUCUACUGGGCAAUGGCAGACGCAAAGAGGAAGUCAAGGAGGACCUGGAUGUUUUUCUAGGCGAUAAAAGUGACUCUUUUGUUACAUGGCUUUGGGACCAUCUUGCCUCUAACUUGGACCAGUAUACAGGAACUCCUCAAUCUUGUCCAAAUGAGGCGGCGAAAGCUAAACCUGAAUUGGUCGAACAUGAUAGGAUAGAUGAUUCCAGUCACCCUGUUUCAGGAUCUGAUAGGGGGAAGUCUAGUAAGACUUCGAGGAGCCGGCACCGUAGGGACUGGAAAGGCCUUGUGACAGAUGACACUGAACAUCCUCCUUUUCGUAUUUCUGUUCCCAAUAAUACACUGAAUGAAGAGAAAGCCUCUCCUUUGCAUGCUAGGCAAGCUGUUUCUCCAAAUCAUCCUGUGCAUAGAAAAAGAAAUCGCACCGAUGAACGAGUCCGUCCAAAGAGAGAAGUAUCUCAAGCAACUAUUGCUGCUCCCAGGCGGCUGCUGCAAUUUGCUGUUAGGGACGCUGUUGGAACUACAAGGUCAUCCAUCUCCGAGUCAGAGCCAGCACGGAAGCGACUUCGUUCUGUGGUUUCUACAUCCGUUGGCAGUUUGACAGAUGAAGUUAAUCAUAAGAGAAUACAGUCAGUUGCUAGGUUGCCGAACCCUAUGGCAACUGCGAUCAAAGCUGUUGCAGAGGCUUCCAAAGAUGUCAGAAGGGUAAGAACAGGAAAUGUCUUUGACCGACUGAGUCGUGGUGAUGAAAGCUCUGAUCAAGUAUCAAUCAUUAAAGAACCUGCUGUCCAAGAUGAUGGAUAUGGCGAUUAUGAUCAUGUUCACGAGAUAACACGACAAAGAUAUCUUAAAAAGAGAGACCACAAUGGACUUUACAAUGUGAAUGCAUCCAUUAUGGAUAGCAGCACCGGCCUGGCAUCUGAUUCUGCAUCUGAUAAUGAAGGAUAUGAUGAUGUCAAUGUUGGCAGUGCUAGAGCAGUGGAUGUCUCUGAAACUGGCACGUCUGCUAAAGCUGAUGAUUCAUUGAUGGUGCAGUAUAGUGUUGCACAAAAUACUGAUGAAAUGACAAGUCACUCACGAAAGAAAGAUCAAGAACUAUUAGUUUCUGCGGCCAACACCAAGCAUAAAAUUGUGAAUAUAUCAGUGAAUGUAAAUACUUGGAAACCACGCCAUUAUCCAGCACUAAGGGCGAGGCCAGAAGCCGAGACUCCAAAGUCCACACAGGAGACUGACAAUGGAGCUAGCAAUUCUAAUUUACGAGUGAUGAAGGAAAAUAGCAAGCCAGCCAUUGCUCUUGAAAAUGGAAAACUUGCUGCAGACACCCAGAAAGAAAAUCAGAAUAGUGUGGGAUCAUCUGCUCCUGGGCCUAAUUCAAGUGGUCGUCCGUUGGAAGAUGCUGAUUCACGUACAAUUUUUGUGAAUAAUGUUCAUUUUGCUGCUACAAAGGACACUCUUUCUCGGCAUUUCAACAAGUUUGGAGAAGUGCUGAAGGUGAUAAUAUUAAGUGAUGCUGCAACAGGCCAUCCAAAAGGGUCGGCUUAUGUGGAGUUCUUGCGAAAAGAGGCAGCAGAUAAUGCUUUGACAUUGGAUGGGACAUCCUUUAUGUCACGUAUCAUUAAGGUUCUGAAGAAAAGCUCUGCGCAGCAAGAAGCAAAUCCUAUGACGAUGUGGCCCCGUAUCACUCGUGGCUCCCCAUUUGCUGUUCCUAGAUUUGCACAAGCUCCGUUUCCAAGGGUCUUUCCUGGGGCAUACAGGGCACGACCACCUAUUAGACCAGGUGUGAGGAGUAUGCAGUGGAAGCGGGAUACUCAGCAAACCUCAACGGAAAGUGUGGCCUCUGUUUCUGGAAACAUAACAACUGUGGGUCGUGGCCUGACCUAUAUCCGUGCAGAUACCAAGGCUGAUGGGAAUUCUGGUGGGGUGUGAUUAAACUAUAUUUCAAAACUGUUGAUGGAAUACUAGAGAGAAGGAUGCUUCACAUGUUCAAUAGAUUUGGCUGGGGGUGACAGCUAGAGCUGAGAAUAGUCGCCUUUUAUAACUCUUUCUGGCAUUGAUGGAUAGAUUAAAGGAUAAAUUUCAGUUGCGCAAUUCUUGCAAAAAAAAAAAAAAAAGAACACUGGACGAAGGGAAAUGCAUUGUAAUGUCUGAUAAAUUUUGGGCAUGACCUUGCAGAAAAUUGAGGGAUGUAGAUGGGUGGAUGAGUUGUUUGGGCUUGUUUUUUUGUAGGUAGUGUCUCUUGUCCGAAUUAUAUUAGUCAUUGGAUUUAGUAAAGGAAUACGCAGGUCCUUUUCUUUUUUGUUAAGGGGCUUCCUCGUGGGAGAGACCGAGGGAGGGAAUGAAUGGAACGGCUUCACAGCCAUCUAUGGUCUAUUUUUAUCUGUUUUGGACAAGAAUUUUCUAGUAGAUUUGAUAAUAAGAAAAUUUUCGUGAUGUACAGUUA